CGGAGGGGAAACAUUGCAAGAUCCGCUGCUGCGUCCUCUGCGCGCAAAAGUCCCCGAAGCGCACUCGGCAAAAGCUGGAACCUGCAGCUUCUCAGCUCCUCAGGAAGGAUGGAAGAGGCUGAACCUGCAAACCUAGAGAGGAUGGAAGGAGGAAGAUGGACAGUUGACCUGGUCAGACUGUCUCCUGCAUCCCUCCCAAGAACCUCUGGGCAUUUUCUCCCAGGGCCCUCAGAGACAUCUGCUGAUGGAAACAAUAGUCAGAAUUCCAAUAAGCCACCUGAAAUUGUAUCGAAGGAACCAUUUAAAUGCAUGGUGUGCGGAAAGUGCUUCAUCCAGAAGACACAGUUUACUUCUCACAAGCAAACUCACACAGAGGAGAAACCAUUUCAGUGUGUGGAGUGUGGAAAGUCGUUCAGCCGGAAAAAAUACCUUACAAGACACCAGCGAACUCACACAGGGGAGAAGCCAUUUCAAUGUAUAGAGUGUGGAAAGACAUUUGCUGAUUCUGGAAGCCAUAGAGCACAUCAACGGAUUCACACAGGGGAGAAACCUUUUAAAUGUUUGGAGUGCGGAAAGACAUUUACUGAUUCAAGAAACCAUAGAGCACAUCAACGGAUUCACACAGGAGAAAAACCAUUUAAAUGUGUGGAGUGUGGAAAGAGUUUCAGUCAAAGUAGACACUGUAGAAAGCAUCAACUCACUCACACAGGGGAGAAACCUUUUAAAUGUUUGGAGUGUGGAAAAAGCUUCAUUGAUCGUGCAUCCCUUAGUUCACAUCAAAGAAUUCACAGAGGAGAUAAACCAUUUAAAUGUGUGGAGUGUGGAAAGAGCUUCAGUCAAAGUGGACACUGUAGAAAGCAUCAACUCACUCACACAGGGGAGAAACCUUUUAAAUGUUUGGAGUGUGGAAAAAGCUUCAUUGAUUGUCCAUCGCUUAGUUCACAUCAAAGAAUUCACACAGGGGAGAAGCCAUUCAAAUGUAUGGAGUGUGGAAAGUGUUUCAGGGUGAAUCAACUCCUUACUGCACACCAGCGAACUCACACUGGGGAGAAACCCUUUAAAUGUAUGGAGUGUGGAAAGACUUUCAAUGAUAGAGGAACGCAUGCAAAACAUCUACGAAUUCACACAGGAGAAAAACCAUUUAAAUGUAUGGAGUGUGGAAAGACAUUUGCUGAUGCUGGAAGCUAUAAAAGACAUCUACGAACUCACACAGGGGAGAAGCCAUAUGAAUGUAUGGAGUGUGGAAAGUGGUUUAGCCUGAAGUCAACCCUCACUUCACACCAGCGAACUCACACAGGGGAGAAGCCAUUUAAAUGUAUGGAGUGUGGGAAGACUUUCACCGAUAGUGGAAGCCAUGUAAAACAUUUACGAAUUCACACAGGAGAGAAACCAUUUAAAUGUAUGGAGUGUGGGAAGACUUCCACGGAUAGUGGAAGCCAUGCAAAACACCUACGAAUUCACACAGGAGAAAAACCAUUUAAAUGUAUGGAGUGUGGAAACUGCUUCAAUCACAAUGGAAAUCUUAAAAAACAUCUACAAGUUCACAUAGGGGAGAAACCCUUUAAAUGCACGGAAUGUGGAAAGACAUUUGCUGACUCUGGAAGCCAUAGAACACAUCUACGGAUUCACACAGGGGAGAAACCAUUUAAAUGUAAGGAGUGUGGGAAGAGCUUCAGUCAAAGAGGAACACUUAGAAAACAUCAACAAACUCACACAGGAUGAAAAAGCAUUGAAAUAUGUGCAGUGUGGAAGGUGGUUCAUCUGGU